CUAAAGACAUUGAAUGUGUACAGCUUGCGAAACAAAAUUGGCGCUCACGAAGCGUUGCACCUUUCUUCCGUGACCCAGCUGCUACCGCAAGCCCUUUGGCAAUGUCUGAACCUUCACCGAAACGGCACAAGGUUGAUGACAAUGAAGUCAUUCCUACGAAGAUCGUAGGAUUGGUACCAGGCGAGGGCCCUGCAGACGCGAAUGGCGACUUGGAGGGAGCCCCGGACUAUGCAGUGGAGUUCUUAGGUGCUGAACUGGAGGAAUGCCAAAAGGCCCUUGACAAGGUCAACGACGAGGCCAGUGACCGUGUUCUGGCCGUGGAACAGGAGUACAACAAGAAACGCAGGCCAAUUUACGCCGAGCGCGCGGAGAUCAUCAAAAAAAUACCGCACUUCUGGCAUCGAGUCCUGUCAUCACACCCGACGCUUGCGGACCAGCUGUCGGAUGAUGAUGCAGCGAUCCUGGAAUACGUGACUGAGCUGGACGUGGUGGACUUUGAUGACAUCAAGUCCGGCUUCAAGAUUGUGUUGAGCUUCUCCGCCGACAACCCCUACUUUAGCAACCCCACACUCACCAAGUCGUUCCACUACGGCGAAUCCGACGGCAAGGUCACCACCCAGCCAGCCACCAUAAACUGGUCCGAAGGCCAUGCACCGACGGUGCCCGGCCUGGACGGGCAGUUCGGCCCAUCAUACCUUUUCUUCACUUGGAUGGCCACCAGCGAGCCCGUGGGCGCCGGAACACCCGAUGAGAUCGCUGAGGUCAUUAAGGACGAGAUCUGGCCCAACCCUGUCAAGUACUACUUCUCGCAGACGAUAGAGCUUGAGGACGAGGUUGCAGUGAUGGAGGGGGAGGAGCUUGAGGGGUUGUUGGUUCAAGGGGCACUUGAUGAGGGGGAGGGGGAGGAGGAGGAGUUGCUGUACGAUGAGGGCGAGGGAGAGCUGGGGGGCGCGAGGACGGGCGAGGGAGAGGAGGAGGAGGAGGAAGGGGGAGGAUUCCCGGAUAACGGUACGCCUGCCCCUGACGCGUGAGCUGGGUCGACGACAAGGUUCUGUCGGAUUAAUACACUACUAGUACUGCAUGUCCACCGCGAAUUUUUGCCUGGCAACGACCUUCCAACUUCCCGAAGAUCCCAC